AUAAACACCGCAGUUUGUUUUGGUUUGUUUGCGGAUGUCUGAAAAAGAGUGGAAAUGCGUGAUAAUCUCGGUUUGUACUCUCUCAAGGAGAGAAUUUUCCUCGUAAAGUCCUUCUACAAGAGUGAUAGUAACUUGAAAUGUGUGAAAAGCAAGUUCCUAUUAGAAUAUGGGAAUGAUUUCCCAUCAGAUUCUCUAAUAUUUGAGGUUAUAAACUUAUUUGAAGAAACAGGUAGUGUUCGGGAGCUUCCCGAUGUGUCCUGCCAGGAAGAGAAGGUUUUCACUGUUGACAAUCCACUGAUAACAGCUGAGAGAGAAGUUUUGGAAGAUGUGAAGAUCAAGCCGGAUCCCGAUGAUUCUGGUCAGGUUGAAAAGCAAGAAAACAUUGUGGAUGCAGUGGAAAAGGUGAGGCGGAACGCCAAGAGAGUGCCUAAAGUCGAAGCAACAAGUGUUCAACAGGCGAAGCCAAGUAGAGGCAAGAAAGCCUACAUCUGUGAUAUCUGUGCCGCCAAAUAUGGCACGAAGCGAGGUCUGCAGGCUCACAUGGUGUGCCACAGGCGGGCGGAAAUCCCGUGCAAGGAGUGCGAGCAAACAUUCCCGACCAAGUCGCGCUUGCUUGCGCACACCAGAGCCACCCAUUCGGCGGCGAAGAAGGACAAGCCGACGAUAGAGUGCAGCUUCUGCUGCAAGACAUUCAGACAGCCGAACCUCCUGCGACAGCACAUGCUGCGGCACUCGGACAAGAAGGACAUCAUCUGUGAAAUUUGCGGCAAGACGUUCAAGCGCACGCACACGCUGAAUCACCACAUGAAAGUGCACACGGGCGAGAAGCCGUACAAGUGCGAUGUACCGGACUGCGGAAGGGCGUUCAGGGAUCGCAACUCCUUCGCCAUUCACAAGAGAUGCCACACAGACGAGAGACCAUUUCCCUGUCACUACUGCGGAAAGUGCUUCAGAGACAAGGGAACACUCAGAAUUCACUAUCGUCAGCACACAGGUGAAAAUCCCUACAAAUGCGAGCUGUGCGGAAAGGAAACGAAGCAGAAGCAAAAUCUCAAGAGUCACAUGAGACAUUUUCAUCGUCUGGAUGGAUAUGAGAUCAAAUAAUACAAUCACAAUUUUCUUGCAAUG